AUGCGAAUCGCCACCCUUCAACUGUCGCCUCGCCUGGGCGAUGUGCAAGGGAAUAUCAGUCGUGCAAACGCACUGGUGGAUAUUUUGGAGAAGAGGUUGGCGAAGUUCAAGGGCGAAACUGUGGGAGGAGGGGGAAGAGGUAGUGUUAACGUUGCCGCUGGCGCUGCUGCUGGCAGUGGUGCCGGUGGGCUGUUGGAUGUAUUGGUUUUGCCGGAGAUGGCAUUCAGUGGCUACAACUUCCCGUCCCUGGAGGCCAUCCGGCCAUGUCUCGAGUCAUCAGAAUCUGGGCCAACAGCCAAAUGGGCCCAAAGCACGGCGCGCCGUCUCGGAUGCGUCGUGUGUGUGGGAUAUCCUGAGCUUGCAGGGGCGGGAACUAAUUCCCACUCAGCGUCGUUGACAUCACCAGAGCCAUCAACUCUGGAAAAGAAGCAGCAGCAUAGUGACGGAUUGCCACCAAAGGGCGGGAACGGCACUGCUACUUCCCAUGUCAAUAAUAAAACUGAAAUCAACAUUCAACCUCCUGGCCACGAAGGCAGGACCAAAUCUACAGAAGGGGGAAACAAAAGGGCCAUCACCACAGCAUUCCCCGAAGAUGAUGACAACGAUGCUAAUGGUACCACGAACAACGACGACCCACCCCGCUUCAACUCCGCCCUCAUCGUCUCCCCCACCGGCUCCACGCUCUCCAACUACCAAAAGCGUUUCCUCUACUACACGGACGAACCAUGGGCAGCCGAGGGACGGAACGGAAAGGGAUUCCUCAACCUCCGUCUCCCCUUCACUGCUCCCGACGCUCCACAACCAACCCCGAACUCCAGCACCAGCACCAGCACCAGCACCACCCCCACCGCCAUCGGCAUCUGCAUGGACAUCAACCCCUACAAAUUCCUCGCCCCCUGGACCAGCUACGAAUUCGCCACGCACGUCCUGGCGUCGGGCGCCCGCCUCGUGCUCCUGCCCAUGGCCUGGCUGACGCAGUUGGGGCCGGCGGAGUUGACAGGGGGCGGCGUGGAGGGGAUGCCGGAUAUGGAGACGUUUCGGUACUGGGUUUCGAGGUUUUGGCCUCUUCUUGAACGGGGAGGAGGGGAGGAGGGGGAGGGGGAAGGGGAGGUUGUUGUUGUCUUUGCUAAUAGGGUCGGGAUUGAGAGUGGUGGGAUGAAGAUUGGGGAGGAUGGGGAUGGGGUGGCGAGGUAUGCAGGGAGUAGCUGUGUUGUGGGGUUUAGGCGGCGGGGGGGAAGGAGGAGGAGGAGGAGGAUGGGAGAGAUCGAUGGGGAGGAAGGGAGUAGUGAUGAGGGAUCUGUGUCGGGUGGAGAAGUGGGGGUGCGGGUGGGGAAGAAGGGAGCGGUAGAGGAGGCGGAAAUCGCAGUCUGGGAGAUGCUGGGACGGGCGGAGGAGGGGGUAUGUCUUGCUGAUACGGAGUUGGAGCCGAAGAUGUUGUUUCGGGUUAGUUGGGAUGGAGGGAGAGGAUGA